AUGGAAUACCCUCCACAAUAUCAACAGCCUCAUGGCCAACACCCGCAUGCCCCCUCCCACAUCGCUGCCCCGUAUCAGACCGCACCCCAGAACCCAGGCUCAACGGUGGGUUCGAUGACCUCUCCCACCAAUCCCCAGGCACAUAUGCAGCAAGCCCAUCCUACGCAUCAGGCAUCUCCCAUUGUACCAUCGCAGCCUCACUACCAACAGGCACAAAAUGCGCCGGGCUCGGUACACCAGCAGAUGAACUUUCCUCAAUCGUACGGGGUAACUACAGCGAUGCCCCAGACGUAUGGCAUCUCGCCAACCCAGGCGGCUGCUAUGGCUACUGCGGCGGCGUCUGGACAAUUCUACCCACUGCAUCAGGACUCAAUGGCUGGCCAAAUGCCUCAAGGGCCUCGUGGCUCGCCACGUAUGGCUGGAGUGCAACAGGUGAAGAACGAGCGGAAUCCACGCUCUCCACCACAGAUGCCAGGACAAAUGCCUUCCAUGAGUUCGCAAGUACAGAUGCAACAGAAUGCUCAGAUGCAGCAGCGUCGCAUGAGCCAUGUGGGUAGCCCCCAUGUUCAAACUGCUCAACCGGUCCUUAGUCAUGUUGGUCGGCCUUCAGUACCUCCACCUAUGCCGCCCCCACCUCAGCCUGCGGUGCAGCAAAAUCAACCUUCCCCAGAGAUGGCUGUUGGCGCCGUAGAGGAGUCCCCUCUUUACGUCAAUGCAAAGCAAUUCCACCGCAUUUUGAAACGGCGCGUUGCUAGACAAAAAUUGGAGGAACAACUCCGACUCACGUCCAAGGGCCGUAAGCCAUAUUUGCAUGAGUCGCGUCAUAAUCAUGCCAUGCGGCGGCCACGCGGCCCUGGUGGUCGAUUCCUGACGGCAGAUGAAGUCGCUAACCUGGAGAAGAAAAAUACCGCGGGUGGGCAAGAGAAUAUCGAUAGCAAGCCGACCGGUGAGAACCCUCCGUCGGCACAGAAAAGAAAAUCUAGUGAUGUUAACGAUGAGAACACGAACUCAGCGAAGAAAGCGAAGACUAGCGCCGCGAAAACGAGCACCAGCGCUGAGGAGAGUGAACAUGAAUCCGCCGAACCAUCUGAUGAAGAUGGUUGA